GAGAGCACAAAAACAUUGAGCUUCCUUUGUAACAAAAAGAGUAAUCAUGGCAAACAAGUUCCAUGUUCGCUCAAAUAGUUUUCCUUCUGUAUCUCAUCCUAGCAUCUCUAAAGUAGAGGAAGAGCUGAGCAAGCUCAAAACUUGGAAAGCCACAUCCACUUCCACAUCAAAGUCAAUUGGCAUUGGCUUGUCCUUGCUUCAAGAUUUGCAUAUUUGCUUGGAAGGUCUUCUCAACUUGCCAUCAACUCAAAAGAUGAUUUCCAACCAUCAAGGUGAGAAAUGCAUGGAAGAAUUGUUGGAUGGUUCAGUGAGAAUUUUGGAUGUAUGUGGCAUCACAAGGGACACCAUGUUACAAAUUAAGGAAAAUGUUCAAUCCCUUCAUUCUGCUCUUAGAAGGAGAAAGGGGGAUUCAAGCAUUGAAAGAAUUGUAGCCGAAUAUAAUUUCUUCUCAAAGAAGAUGAAGAAGAAUGCCAAGAAGUUGAUCACAUCUUUGAAGCAGAUGGAGACCAAAUUUGGAGUAUCCCCACUCUUGAAUCAAGACCAACAACUCGCUUCUUUGGUCAUAGUGCUUAGGGAAGUCUAUAUAAAAGAUCCACUUACUCCACAAGUAACACUUUACUUUUUUGUGUGUUAA